AUGAUAGUCCUGUGUGUGGGACCCUGCAGACCUGGGGUUCAGCCCUUUAAUCCAACUUGUCAUCUGGAGAUCAUUAAAGCAGUUCAGGAACAUGAAUAUAUACAAGAAGGAGACAUUAUGAUUGGAGGAGUGAUGACUGCACAUUUAUAUAUGAUUAAUGUUACAUUAACAAAGGACACUGCUACAAGUUUCAUGUGUGCCUCUCCCAGCCAACAGAAUUUUAGACAUUUUAUAGAUUUUCGAUUUGCUGUUGAGCAAACUAAUAAGGAUCCAACCCGGUUACCCAACCUGACUCUGGGAUACCAUAUAUAUGAUUCCUGUGGGGACCCAAAAAAGGCUGUGAUAAGCGUGUUCCAAAUAUUAUCUGGUACCACGGAUCCAGUUCCCAAUUACUCCUGUGUGAGAAAGAGAAACAUUGCUGGAUUUAUUGGGGACCUUUUGUCAGAAACAACUGUGCCAAUAGCCCAGAUUCUGAGCAUUUAUGGAUAUUCCCAGAUCAGUUAUGGAGCUACAGAUCCAUCACUCAGGGACAGAGUCACCUUCCCAUAUUUUUUCCGGACAGUACAAAGUGAUGUAAGCAGUCAUUCUGCUUUAGGAAAGUUCUUGAGACAUUUUGGUUGGACCUGGGUUGGAAUAAUUACAUCUGAUGAUAUCAGUGGAGACAAAGAACAUCAGCACCUGAGUAAAUAUCUCUACAGUCAAGGCAUCUGUAUUGCGUUCGCAAUAAGGAUAAAUAUUAAUGAUAUAACUAAACUGUAUCAAAACUAUUAUAUGCCCCUUAUUAGUAAAUCAUCUACCAGCAUUAUUCUACUUUGUGGAACAGUUUCUCUCUUUUUUCUUACAAGAUUAAUUCAGAUGAGAUCAGUGCUAAUUAAAAGGACAUUGAUCCUGUCCACUAACUGGGGGAUCAAUGAUAUGAUCCUUGGGUAUGACCAAUACAUGUUUAAUUGCAGUUUGGUGUUUGUCCCAGGAUAUCCUUAUCAUCUAGAUACUCCAGAAAUGAGGAGCUUUUUAGAGAAUUUACAUCCUUCAAAAUUCCCAGAGGACAAGUUACUUGAAAAUAUUUGGAUGAUGUUUCAUUUGUGUUUGUCAGAAGAUCCAAACAAGAAUCACUUGUAUGAAUAUAUCUACCUUCAUCAGCUCCAUAACUGUUCUAGACAGAAACAUAUAGCAGACCUUCCCUAUUUUAAAGCUGGUUCCAGUUCUCCCCAAGUGCAUCUUACAGUAGAUAUGAUGUCUCAGGCACUUCAUGAUAUGAAUAUGCAGCUUAGUGAGAAAAAUGUGAAGAAAAGGGAAAUGUAUCAUUAUGUGCACCAGUUGUACCAUUACUUGAAAACUCUGCAGUAUAACCCCCGUGAUGGCCCAGCUUUAUGUUUUGAUGAAAAUGGGGAGUACGUCACUAGAUAUUCGAUAUUUAACUACUUUAUAACUGCUAUGUGGAAUAAGAACCUCAUUGGCGAGUUCUCACCUUGGGCUCCACCAGAUCAGCUGCUUAAAAUUGCCCUGAAUUCACUUACAUGGAAGAGAAAUAAAAUCCCAAUAGCUCAAUGCACAGACAGUUGUUCCCUUGGAUUCAGGAAGGCACCACGGCCUAGAGCCCAGUCCUGCUGUUAUGAUUGUGUUCCGUGUUCUGAGGGAGAGAUCUCCAAUACAACUGACAGCACAAGCUGCCUCACAUGCCCAGACAUGGAGUGGCCCAAUGAGGGGAAGGAUCAUUGUAUUGCACGAAAAGAAGAUUUUCUUUCAUACACCAAUGAUCACAUUUCUGUGUUUAUUUCAUCUAGUUCUAUUUUCUUUUUCCUUAUUACUCUCUGGAUAUUAGGAGUUUUUGUUGCGUACUGGGACACCCCCAUUGUAAGAGCCAACAACAGGAGCCUCAGCUUCCUCCUCCUUGUCUCCAUCAAGCUGAGCUUCCUCAGUGUGUUUCUGUUCCUCGGUCGCCCUGUGGAUAUAACCUGCAUGCUGCGCAUUAUCACUUUUGGAAUCACCUUCUCCAUAGCUGUCUCUUCUCUCCUGGCCAAGACUAUCAUGGUUUGUGUUGCUUUCAAAGCCACCAAGCCAGGGAGCUCAUGGAGAAAAUGGGUGGGAGUCAAACUGUCCAAUUCUGUAGUCUUCUUCUGCUCAUCCAUUCAAAUAAUAAUCUGCAUGACUUGGUUGGCCAUUUCUCCUCCCUUUCAGGAACUGGACCUUCACACUUACCCUGGAACCAUCAUCAUUCAGUGCAAUGAGGGCUCAGCUAUUGGCUUUUACUCAGUUAUUGGGUAUAUGGGGCUUCUGGCAGCUGUUAGUUUUGUUUUAGCAUUUUUAGCUCGGACAUUACCGGACAGUUUUAAUGAGGCCAAGUACAUCACUUUCAGCAUGCUGCUCUUCUGCAGUGUUUGGAUCACAAUGAUCCCGGCCUAUCUGAGCACCAAAGGCAAAACCACUGUGUGUGUAGAGAUAUUUGCCAUACUCACCUCAAGUGCUGGACUUUUAGGUUGUAUAUUUCUGCCCAAAUGUUGCACAAUUUUCUUUAGACCUGAAAUGAACACAAAAUCUCAUUUACUUGGGAACAAACCUCACUGA